CGUCAUAGCAACCUUACAGGGACGGUUUCGGUAUUUACAGAAGAGCCUGUUCCACAUGCGGCCGACUGGGAGUCCACGGCGCUCUCCUAAUCGCUCGUCCCGCAGAGAACACCGCAAUGGCGCCCCUGUCGCGGUCCCUUUCGUCUCUGGUGAAACACACGGAGUGUCUGUGGAGAGUGGGUCUCUUCCGUAGCUUCAUACCCAGCCACGCGUUCAGGUCUGGCUGGUGGAAAAGGAAUUUCAAGGCAGUCUGCUGCGGAGGAGCCGGUGUCCAGCCGCUGUUACAGCAGCGCGGAGCCCAAAACUGCGCAGCAUCUGUGAGCAGCAGCUCCUCAGAUGGUCAGGACACUACAGAGAGGCUGUGGUCUGUUUACAGUGAGACGAAGAGACAGACAGAGGUAAUAUCCACCAGCGCCGUUGAUCCCGACACCAUUUUUGCAAACAAUGAGAUGAGCCUACGAGACAUCGAGAUCUACGGCUUCGACUAUGACUACACCCUGGCCUUCUACUCCAGCCACCUCCACACACUCAUCUUUGACAUAGCGCGGGACAUUCUCAUCAACAACCACCGGUAUCCAGAGGAUUUGCGGAAGUAUGAAUAUAUUCCAGAUUUUGCAGUAAGAGGGCUUCACUAUGAUGUCCAGAAGGCACUCCUGAUGAAGAUAGAUGCCUUUCAUUACAUCCAGCUGGGAACUGUUUACAGAGGUCUUCAUCCAAUGCCUGACGAGGAAGUCGUCGCCAUGUAUGAAGGCUCCCAUGUUCCUCUUGAGAUUAUGAGCGACUUCUAUGGCAAGAGUAUACAUGGCCACACUAUGAAACAGUUCAUGGACAUAUUCUCGCUGCCGGAGAUGACACUCCUCUCUUGUGUCAACGACUUCUUCAUGAGGCACAACAUCGAUUACGAGCCCGUCCAUCUCUACAAAGACGUAAAGGAAGCUAUCAGAGAUGUCCAUGUCAAGGGCAUUAUGUAUCGAGCUGUGGAGGCGGAUAUUGGAAAAUACAUUUGCUAUGGUGAGCAAAGCCAUGCUGUGUUGAAGAAGCUGUCGGCGCACGGAAAGAAGAUGUUUCUCAUCACCAACAGCCCUUUUGAUUUUGUGGACCGUGGAAUGAGCUACAUUGUGGGAAAAGACUGGAGAGACUUGUUUGACGUCGUUAUUGUCCAGGCCGAUAAACCUAGUUUCUUCAACGACAGAAGAAAACCCUUCAGGCGAGUGACAGACAAAGGUGUGUUACUGUGGGACAGGAUUCACAGGCUGGAGAAAGGGGAGAUCUACAAGCAGGGAAACCUCUAUGAGUUCCUCAGACUCACUGGCUGGAGGGGAUCCAAAGUGCUUUACUUUGGAGAUCACAUUUACAGUGACUUGGCAGAUUUAACUCUGAAACACGGCUGGAGGACAGGCGCCAUCAUCCCUGAGCUGCGGAAGGAGAUAAAGAUCAUGAACACGCCGCAGUACGUCCACAUGAUGACCUGGUUACAGGCUCUGACCGUACUGAUCGAACAGAUGCAGGCGCACCGGGACCCAGCAACCCAAGCUGUCGUCGAGGAGUGGAUCAAAGAAAGAGAAGCCAUGAAGCCGCAGACGAAGGACAUCUUCAACGCUCAGUUCGGCAGCCUCUUCCGCACCUACCACAAUCCCACCUACUUCUCACGGCGACUCUCCCGCUUCGCCGACAUCUACAUGGCCUCUAUCAGCUGCAUGCUCAACUAUGACCUCCAGCACACCUUUUUCCCUCGACGCACUCCUUUGCAGCACGAGACGCCCCUUUGGCCGGAACAAAAUUCUUCCGGAUUUGGGGUCUCUUCUUCUUCUCCCCCUCCUCCUCCUCCUCCUCUAACGCCUCAGGACCGAAGCAGAGUCUGAUCACACAGGGAAGUGUAAGAGUUAAAGAUUGAACAGUCAGUCUCUUAACUUAAUGCUUUAAGAAGUGUAUUUCAGUAGUAGUUUGUGUUUUAAAUGGUCAUAUAUCUUUUUUUUACCUCAACUGUGUUCAGGCUUGUAGAUCAUGAGUUAUCUUCCUUUCCAUGUCUAAAGUAUAAGGCAAAAUAAUGUGAAAGAAACAAACCAAGUACAAGGCAGCCGAGAACUCAGCCGAAAGUUGCCAAAGAGCAAUAAAGUUGAGUCAAGAAUGGCAUAAAACAAUGACAGACAUCAGUGAUUACAACAAACUUACCAACUCAUAAAGGGAAGAUUCACGGAGAUUUGUCCAAGGAGAAGAUGAAAGUCUGGAGAAAUCUGAGCGCAGUAACCCGAACAAGUUCUGCAUAAGUGCUUGUGACAAAACGCAUAAAUCGAAGCACAAAUAAUCUUUUGGAUGCUGGAAUUUCUUUACGCCAGCACCUUUACUAUAAUUCUCCUGAACAUCAGCACCGCCAUUUCUCCCAACAACCAGAAUGCUUUAUAUUAGCAAGCUUUGCAGCGAAUGUGCAAGUCACACUUUUGCACAUGUAAUCAUUCCGUUUAUUCAGUUUUAACUGGACGACAGUUCUGUCAAAGAAUAUCAUUCUGAGGACACAUGCUUUCUUCUUACUCAAACUCUGUAAGUCAACCCACAGCUGAUUUUCUCAGUUGUUUGGCUGUAACAAGACUCUCCAGUCUAAAACAGUCAAAUGCUCUCUCCUUCAUUUGGCUCACACACAACAGAAAGUGGAGUGGCUUUAGUUGUUUGGCUGUUGAGUCUGUGCCUAUGCUAGUGGUUGAGCUGCAUCAUAAAUUGUGUUGUGUCCGGGUUCUUCAUUUUUAGAUUGUUCCAUGCCCCAAAUAGGGGCAGUAUUAUGUAAAAUCAACUUUUUAAAGCUUUAGGUCACGUUAUAAUGUUAUUCCCUCAUCAAAAACAAAGCUGGAGGGUUGCUUUGAUUCUUUCAUGCAUAUUUGGGAAAUCAUUUAGUCUCCUGUGGCAGCCAUUGUGGUACUCCCCCACACAUCUCCUCCAGACUAGCGGCAGCAGCAAUUGGCAAACACCUGGUGUAACUACUCAUCUGCUGAGCUCAUCAUACAAACUACUUCUCAGUGAAACGCUCAGAACGAUGUUGAAGGCUUGAUGGAGGAGCGUUUUUAUGAUGUCGUGCUGAAGGCGGACUGUUGGAAAGAGCAGGAGCUUCUUAAAGAGACAGAGGCCCAAUUCUAAAAAUUGCAAAGUCAAAUUUAUUUUAAGCCAUGUUUGAUAAAUACAGAAUUCUAAAAACAGCUGAAGGUAACAUGGCUUCUUGGUUGAGCUAUAAAAUGUCUCUAUAAGCCUGGAGAAUACAUAAUACUGUCAUUCAUGUCGUCCUUUGAGAUUAAAAAUUGUUUCCUAAUCCUGGGGAGAAAUUGUGGGACAGUUUUGGUGGGUGAGGAGAAAGUUUUCUUUUUCAUCUACGUUUGCCCAGUUUUGCUCUCCAUUGUUUUUCUGUGUUGCUCGUGAUCAGCCACACGUCCAUCUUUUCAGAAUAUGUGUUUUAAAUCAACUUAUGAUGGAAAAGUGAAUCAUUAUUUAAGCUUCACGUUUUCAAGACUUUCUUUUGUUGCUCUGACAUAUAUGCCCUUUAAAGUAUAACAGAAGUUCAAACUGUGGUUUGUGGUUUCUUUAAACAUGUUAUUUAUUUCAGUCCUUUCGGAUAAUUGUCUUAAGAAGCACUGGAUGUAUUACUUUUUAAGCCAAAUGCCUAUGUGUUUAUGUGUUUGUUGGUGUGUGCGCGCGUGUGUGUAACUGAGAGUGGGUUAGAUUUAUUUAAUAGAAUAGAUGGAUUUUACCUAUCUUGAGCAAUAGGGGGCAGUCACACAUCGGGCUUAACAUGCAUUUGUGUUUUUGCCUUAUUGUAUCUUGCCUUCCGUGGUGAAAUGGGAGUUUUUACAUUGACAUUAUAUUCUCCAUUGCCUUAAUCUGUUGUUCACAUUACUGCAGGAUGUGUCGUUUUCAUAUUAGGCUGAUAUUAUGCAGUAUUUUGGUUCAUUUGAUUUUGUGCACGUUGAUGUAUUAGGAUCUUUUUUUAUUGUUGGUUUCGCCAUUUUACACCAAAUUAAGCCUGUAUAUUUCAUUUCAGACGAUUGGUGGUCGAUUAUUGUUGUGGAUGCUGCUGAUUCAUAAAAUAAAUUUUUUAAAUCUGAGGUUAUGAGGAUUUUACAAGAAUAGGAAAAUUGGUUUUCUUUACCAAUCCUGACGUAAAUUCAUGUCGAGCACUGAUACAUCAUGUAAAAGGGAUUCAUGAAAUAAACUUUUGGUGGCAAUAACCUUUG